CCCCGUUGGAUCUCCAGCAAGACACUGCCACUCUCCAGUUGUGAUUUGGCUUUAUUUUCCUUGCAUCAACACCCAAAAGGUACCGUUGACACUGUAGCACUUCGAGUGUUAAGAGUGUCUUUGACUUUGGUAGCAGGCAUCUACUUGCUUAUGGCUGCAGUUCUUCUGUAUCAUAGAUAAGACAUCUCUUCGGAUACCUUAGGCUGAACCAUCGUCCUCCAUCUCCACCUCCGCUGCGGAAUAUCCUGAUCUCCUGGAUUGUCCUACCCAGUUUCCUCCAGACUGAAUCUCCUCUUCCACCGUUCUCUCCUAUCAUCGAAUAUCAGUCUGGCUCCCGAAUUCAUCGUUUGAUCCCCACGCCAUGGCGAUGCAGAGCAACCUCUCAAAGGCAAUGACCAAUCGGUCGCUCCGCACCAUCCGAGCAGAGUUGGAGUUCCUCGCAGAUUCUUCCGUAAUUACUCCGCAACAACUGUCCUCGAUUCUCUCCCAGCUGCCUGGGCAGACUCAGCUUGACAAUAAUGCUCGCAAUAUUGCUCCCAUCGCGCAACCUACUCCGGCGCCUGCCCAACCUCCAGUUGCAGCCUACUCUCCUCCUACGAACCAAUUUGCCAAUACUAGCCUGAAUGAAAAGGCCCCUACUCCUAAUCAAUAUCCUACUUCGGCGCCUCCUCCGCCUGCGUAUGCCCAGACACCUGCGGUUCUUUCGACGGCCUCAGCCUUGUAUGCAUACACUCCUACCGACGCCGGAGAUCUAGCCCUUCAGCCUCACGACCGUAUCCAAGUUCUCGAGCACAUGAACAAUGACUGGUGGCGCGGUCGUAACGAGCGGACCGGCCUCGAGGGUAUCUUCCCUCGGAGCUAUGUGAGUGUUCUCAAUGAGAAGGCCGGACCUCCAGUCAUUGCACCCCAGCCUACAAACUAUGGCAACUUGCCUCUCGAAGUGAGCCAGUCGGGUUCGCCUGCUCCGGGACCGGAUGGCAAAAAGCCAAGUAAGUUCGAAGAGCAGGGGAAGAAGUUUGGAAAGAAAAUGGGCAAUGCUGCUAUAUUCGGUGCUGGUGCUACAAUUGGUUCAAACAUUGUUAAUGGCAUCUUCUAAACUUCUUAUGGUGAGGUUAUUAUCUCCUCGCACUCAGAAUGGGUUGUUACAAUGUGCUGGAACAGGGUAGCACUGGGAUUUCACAUGCAAUGGCGUUGGCGGUUUUUGAAUUGGGUUCUCCGCUGUGUCUAGUGUGGGCCAUAUUUGGCUCAGUUGGUACAGAACACAGACUGAUAAAUAUUGAUGACUAUUGCUUAAUUUCUGGGAUUCCUUGAUGUCCAUGGGCCGCAGUAACCGAUCACUCUCGGUUGUUGUUGUGGAAGCUGCGUGUAUGCACACUUUAGAUAGGCCGAUGACUCACAUAAGACACUUGCGUCUAACUGGUGAGUAAACCGGUUGUUCUCCUAGAUGCUAGAUACAUCUGUAGAUCGUCUCGAUAAGUAUUAUAUGGAAGAUCCGAU